AUGAAUGAAAAUGAAGCGAUUAGUCCUGAUGGUGAGGCGCUUCUGAGCUUAAGAAAUGCAGUUUCUAGUUCUGAUGGCGUCAUCCGUCAGUGGAGACCAGAGGAUCCUGAUCCAUGUAACUGGAAGGGGGUGACCUGUGAUGUGAAAACUAAAAGAGUUAUAGCCUUGAGUUUUACUCAUCACAAACUAAUUGGACCUAUACCCCCUGAGUUUGGGAAGCUGGAUCAGUUGAGGCUUUUAAUGCUUCACAACAAUGAAUUCUAUGGCUCAAUACCUACAGCAUUGGGAAAUUGUACGGCAUUGGAGGGAAUAUACUUGCAGAAUAAUUACUUGACUGGGCCAAUCCCAAAUGAAAUUGGAAAGCUGUCCGGGCUUAAAAAUCUGGAUAUUUCAAGCAACACUCUCAGUGGAGCGAUCCCUGCUUCACUUGGGCAGUUGGAAAAGCUUACUAGUUUCAAUGUCUCAUACAAUUUUUUGGUGGGACAAAUACCUUCGGAUGGCCUACUUGCUCGAUUUUCGAGAGACUCCUUCAUCGGAAAUCGUAAUUUGUGUGGAAAGCAAAUCGAUGUGGUGUGCCAAGAUGACAGUGGAAACCCUUCUACUGGGUUUUCAACAGGCCAAGGAGGUAAGAAUCCUGGUAGGCUGCUUGUAAGUGCAUCAGCAACUGUGGGUGGGCUGCUCCUAGUGGCGCUCAUGUGUUUCUGGGGAUGCUUUCUCUAUAAAAAGCUUGGUAGAGUUGAAAAUAAAACCCUUGCGAUAGAUGUGGGUGGAGGUGCGUCUAUCGUGAUGUUCCAUGGAGAUUUGCCCUAUGCUUCCAAAGACAUUAUCAAGAAACUAGAAACUCUUAACGAAGAGCACAUAAUAGGCUGUGGAGGCUUUGGAACAGUGUACAAGCUGGCCAUGGACGACGGCAAUGUUUUUGCGCUGAAAAGAAUUGUUAAGUUAAAUGAAGGGUUUGAUCGGUUUUUUGAAAGGGAGCUUGAGAUUCUUGGGAGCAUCAAACAUCGUUAUCUCGUAAAUCUACGUGGAUACUGCAACUCACCCACAUCGAAGCUUCUGUUAUAUGAUUACCUUCCUGGUGGUAGCCUUGAUGAAGUUCUUCAUGAGAGAGGCGACCAACUGGACUGGGAUUCACGUGUAAAUAUCAUAAUAGGAGCAGCAAAAGGGUUGGCAUACUUGCAUCAUGAUUGUUCUCCUAGGAUUAUACAUCGUGAUAUAAAGUCGAGCAACAUUUUGCUCGAUGGAAAUCUGGAGGCUCGUGUGUCGGACUUUGGGCUUGCUAAGUUGUUAGAGGACGAAGAAUCUCAUAUUACAACCAUUGUUGCAGGCACAUUCGGCUACUUGGCUCCAGAGUAUAUGCAAAGCGGUAGAGCGACUGAGAAAACGGAUGUUUACAGUUUUGGGGUUUUGGUUCUUGAAGUCUUGAGUGGUAAACUCCCCACGGAUACCUCCUUCAUCGAGAAAGGCUAUAACGUUGUUGGUUGGCUAAACUUCUUAAUCAGCGAAAACCGGGCAAGGGAGAUUGUUGAUAGAAGCUGUGAAGGAGUGGAGACAGACAGUCUUGAUGCUCUUCUGUCAAUAGCAACGAAGUGUGUGUCUUCAAGUCCAGAUGAGCGGCCUACAAUGCACAGAGUCGUUCAGUUACUCGAAUCCGAAGUUAUGACUCCUUGCCCUAGCGAGUUCUACGAUUCCAGCUCCGACUGA